AUGGGUUGCACUGCUAGUACGCAUAUGAUGGAGGAUGAGAAUGACUCGUUCCUCCAAGAUGCAAGGGCUAAUGAUGUUAUCGAACAGAAUCUGCUAAUGGAAAAGCAACGGGGUAAAAAUGAAAUCAAAUUAUUGCUGUUAGGUGCUGGUGAGUCAGGGAAGUCUACUGUGCUCAAGCAGCUCAAACUACUACAUCAGGGUGGGUUCACUCAUGAAGAACGCUUACAGUAUGGCCAGGUUAUCUGGACAGAUGCUAUACAGUCCAUGAAGAUUUUAAUCAUCCAAGCCAGAAAGCUCGGAAUUCCUCUUGACUGUGACGACCCUGAAAAAAAUCGACUACUUUUUGAAUGCAAAAGGGUUGUUUUGCAGUCCAAGGCACUGGAUCAUAUCGAUGCCAGCGUGGCGGGUGGUCCUGAGUUCUUAAAUGACUAUGUUCUUAAGUACUCCGAGCGUAGUGAAAAUAAAAGGCGGGUCCAGAGUACAGGAAGAGUUGAGGCAUUCGAAGCUGACCUCACUGGGAGUCAUCCAACCCGCGGCAUAGAUAUGCAGGAGGUUUCAAUGGGCCUCAGCGAGCAAAGCGGCAACGAGAACGAUACCGGGAUGUUCGUCAAGCCUGGAGCAGCAGCUCUCCACAGCAGCCCAAAGAACCUCUCCAACGAGCAGAUUGCGUAUGCGAUCCGUCAGCUUUGGGACAACGAUCGCGGGAUCCGCCAGUGUUUUGCUCGCUCAAACGAGUUCCAACUUGAAGGCUCGGCUGCGUACUACUUUGACAACAUUGAACACUUUGCACAGCCUAGCUACAGUUGUACCGAUGAGGACAUCCUCCGCGGUCGGAUAAAGACCACUGGAAUCACUGAAACUCAGUUUACUGUCGGUUCCAGUAAAUUCAAGGUCCUAGACGCCGGUGGACAGCGCUCAGAACGUAGGAAAUGGAUUCACUGUUUCCAGGGUAUCACUGCAGUGCUUUUCGUUCUCGCCGUCAGCGAGUACGAUCAGAUGCUUUUCGAGGACGAACGCGUCAACCGUAUGCACGAGGCAAUUAUGCUUUUUGACACACUUCUAAACUCAAAAUGGUUUUACAAUACGCCCUUCAUUCUGUUCCUCAACAAAGUGGAUAUCUUUGAGGAGAAAAUAAAAAGAUCGCCCAUCAGGCAACAUUUCCCAGACUACCCUGGCCGCGUCGGUGACGCCGAGGCAGGCCUCAAGUAUUUCGAGCGUAUCUUCCUUUCGCUCAACCGGUCAAAGAAACCCAUAUACGUACACAGAACCUGCGCUACAGAUACAAAAUCGAUGAAAUUCGUCUUAAGCGCUGUAACAGACCUUAUUGUCCAACAGAAUCUCAAGAAGAGUGGUAUACUAUGA